AUGGCCCAGUUCAUGCGCGACCCAGCCGUCAUCGAGGCCGACAUUAUUGCUUUACAGGAGCCCUGGAAGAACCCAUUCAGCAACACAACGCACUAUCCCGCGAAAGAUACACAUGAACUGUUAUACCCGGAGAUAGGAGGAGAGGGGGAGGAGAGAGCGAGAGUUUGUAUGUUUGUUUCAAAAAAGCUCACCGGAUGGGUACACACUGUACACAGCAAGGACCUGCAAGAACUCAGUAUCACUACAUCAACGGGCACCCUGCGAAUAUUGAACACCUACAACGACCGAACCAGCAACGCAGCGUUGCAUCUGCUCCCGGCAGUGCUUCCAGAACACUCAGACGGCAGCUCCAGACUCAUGAUACUGGGGGAUUUCAACCUGCACCAUCCGUGGUGGGGAAGGGAGGGGGUGAAGGCGGAGGAGGAGGCAGAGGAGCUGCUAGAUUUGAUGGAGAAGUUAGCACUCGACAGCUGGCUACCGGAGGGGACAAUUACACGCAUGGACGGCAAAUCAGAAUCAACUAUCGACCUGGUGCUCGCAUCGGCACCUCUCAGAACCCGUAUGAUCAACUGCGAAGUUCAAAUGGGGGUUCAUGCGGACUCUGAUCACCUCCCCAUCCACACCCUGGUCGACGUAGAGACGCAGGUGGCCGACGACCCGGUGCUGCGCCGCAAUUGGAAGGCGAUGGACGAGCCAAAACUGGUCCAAUUUGUGAACGACAACCUUCAAUCGUGGCACCCACACCCAGGCAACCAUCCACAGAUCGAACACGAUACGCAACGCCUGUUGCAAGUGGUGCAACAGGGCAUCCAGACCGCCGUGCCCUGGGCACGUCCUUCCAUGUUCGCCAAAGAAGGGUGGACGGAGGAAUGCUCCGAGGCCAUUUCGACAUGUCGACGGCUGUUUCGAGAGAUCAGCAAGCAGAAAACAGAGGAGGAGAGGAAGGAAGCUCAUCAAAUAUACGCAUCGAUGCGCAACCACAAGGGAAGGACGAUCAAGAAAGCACUAAGCGUGGGCUUUCGCCGGUGGGUUCGAAAGGCCAGCCGGGCCAAAGGAGGGCUCUGGAAACUGUCGAAAUGGGCUCGCAAUCGGCAGGGCGGCAGCAGUGGUGUCAUCCCCCCGUUGAAGGGCCCGGAUGGUGCCCAUGCCACUGAUGACGCGGGGAAGGUGGAGCUUCUCCGCAAAACCUUCUUUCCACGACCCCCGGAGGCCGAUCUCUCGGACCUCGCCCCGGGCCGUAGGGUCUAUCACCGACCUGCGAUCGAAUUUCCACCAAUCACUGAACAAGAGGUGCUCGAUGCGGUCCAUCGAGCACCGCCAGACAAAGCACCAGGCGAGGAUGCUAUCCCCAACCGUGUGUGGAAGGUCCUGGUGGCCAACUGCGGCAACUUUGCCCCAAUCGUCACCAGGAUCUUCGACGUAUGUAUGCGAACGGGAUAUAAUCCGAGCUGCUUUCAGACAUCCAUCACUGUCACGUUGCGCAAGGGGGGUCCGCGGGACUUUCGAUUACCGAAGUCCUAUCGGCCAGUUGCCCUGAUCAACACGAUGGCGAAACUACUGGAAUCUAUCAUUGCCACACGUAUCUCAGAUGCAGUGGAACUACACCAGUUGCUGCCGGGUACCCACCUGGGUGGUAGGAAUGGUAUCUCGAUCGAUCAUGUUAUCCAAUUGAUCAUCGAUCGAGUCCGCAGGGCCUGGGGACGAGGCCGGCAAUCCUCUAUGGUGCUGCUUGAUGUAGCCGGGGCCUACGACAACGUCUCCCAUCAACGGCUGCUAUCGAAUAUGCGCCGGCUGGGCCUUGGCUUCUUUGUGCCCUGGGUCGAAGCCUUCUUAACGAACCGAAGCACCCGCAUCAAGCUCCCGGGCUUCCUCAGCGAACCGUUUCCCACACCUACCGGCAUCCCCAGGGUUCCCCACUAUCCCCUAUCCUAUUCCUGCUUUUUAACGCUCCCCUGGUCAAAACUUGCUGCAAGGAAACCGGAGAUGGGAUCACCGAGGGCUUUGGAUGGGUGGACGAUGUGGCAAUCGUAG